GAAAUCCCUGUCUCUGUGCGCUUUGGGCACGACACCCCCCUGCCAAUUUGGCGGUGUACCUGAUCUAGCCCUGACAUUGACGUUUUGAGUUUGACAAUACACUAAGAUAUGUCAACUGUGGAACAUCUAAUCACUACGAGCAGGACAUGAAGCACCGCACUAUCCGACACGUCUACUUGUCCUAUCUGUUUAUCUCCCUUUACUCUCCCAGAAGGUAUAAAAGCGACAUCGCUCUUUUGUCUCAAGUGAUUCUUUCAUCUUCAUCAUCCAUCCCCUCAAUAUGGGUUGGCCGUCAUCUGAAGCAAGCAGCUUUCUUACCAUGCUUCUCACCAUUCCUACGGCCCUUGCGGCAAUCUUGGAGAUCUUUCUCCGGCCCGGUGAUGAGUUCAAAGGUAGACAACAGCCGGGUAAUGUGGAGAUUAUAUGCAGUGGCACUUUCAACUCGCCAGUUCAGAUUUCGGCGCCAUUGUUGCAUUCACAGAAUAUCGGCCACGAGAGGUUUUCGCCGUCUGCUAUAUUUGCUGCUGAGCCUUGAAUGCUCUGCAGGAUUGCGAAGAGAAUAUACAUUUGAUGAGAAAGAGUUAUCUCUGAUCGCACAGUAUGUUUGAGAUGGGAGUCAUGGAUGUACAUUGAUGCGGAAUGUUUGAUUUUCUGUGUUAUUGCUCGAUAUAGCAAAGGGGUGGAGGGUUGAGUGAAUUGAGAUAAGUUAGUUAUUUUUACAGAGAAUUUCAG